AUGGGAGGUACUACGAAAAAGAAACUUGUUUCUAGUGUGGAAAGCAUGGGUAUUACGCUGAUGAAUGUACAUUCAAAACAAGGGUGUUACGAAUGUAAUGAGAAAGGGCACUUCAAGCAAGACUUCCCACAGAGGAGAGGAACUACAAAGCCAAAUGUACCGCUAAAGCACUAUGAGAGAUGCGACGAAGAGGUGACUUGCUACAAAUGUGGAAAGAAUGGAAAUUACGCCAAUGUCUUCACAUCCAGCAAGAGGUUCUGUUACGGAUGCAGGGACAAGGGGCAUAUAUCAAAGGAUUGCCCGAAGAAAAGUAAAGCAGCAAGAGCUGAUGCACCUCCAAAGCCAAAAAGCAUCCCUAAUGAAGCAGCUGACAAUGCAAUGAAGAGUGAGGAUUGA